CCGGCUCCGCUUUUGUCCCGCUUCGCCAUGGCCGGCAUCCUUUUCGAGGACAUUUUCGACGUGAAGGACAUCGACCCCGAGGGCAAGAAGUUCGACAGGGUUUCCCGACUCCACUGUGAGAGCGAAUCCUUUAAGAUGGACCUGAUCCUGGAUGUGAAUGUACAAAUCUAUCCUGUCGACCUGGGUGACAAAUUCCGCCUUGUGAUCGCCAGUACCUUGUACGAAGACGGGACCUUGGACGACGGGGAGUACAACCCCACCGAUGACCGACCCUCCAGGGCUGACCAGUUUGAGUACGUGAUGUACGGGAAGGUCUACAGGAUCGAGGGGGACGAGACUUCCACGGAGGCAGCCACGCGACUUUCCGCCUACGUGUCCUACGGCGGCCUGCUCAUGCGGCUCCAGGGCGACGCCAACAACCUGCACGGCUUCGAAGUGGAUUCCCGGGUUUAUCUCCUGAUGAAGAAACUCGCCUUCUAG